GCUUGCCGUAGUUAAUUGUAAAUACGGAAGGUUAUGUUGCUUCAGUGCUGUUGUUGUCGUGCUAAGGAUUUUUUUUGUCUUCUGGCUAUUACAAAAAUUUUGAUACUCUUACUAGCUAUUUGUUGGGUCUUAAAUAUUUAUCUUCGUCUACGUACUAAAGGAAAGGGAAGGGUCGGAGAAGUAUUUGAAAUAUUAAACCACAUUCUGGUGUCGGGAAAUGCAAGGGAGCUAAUAUUAGCUACAUACUAUUAGUUUAAGGAAUGGCACAUAAAAAAGAGAAAACAUUUCAGUUUGUGAUCGUGGGAGGUGGCAUUGCGGGUGUGACAUGUGUUGAGCAGCUGUUAUCCCAGAUUCCGUCAGCUGACGUGGCUCUAAUUACAGCAAGUCCCCACAUCAAGGCAGUAACCAACUAUAAACAGGUGUCGAAGACAUUGGAAAAGUUUGAUGUAGAGGAACGACCAUCCAGUGUCUUGGAGGAGAAAUUUCCCAGCCUGACUGUCAUCCACUCUGCUGUCAAAUCACUUCACACACAAGCACAUUCUGUAGAAACAGCAGAUGGCUUGGUUUUUGGUUAUGAGAAGCUAUGUAUCUGCAGUGGAAGCAGACCCAAACUUCUAAUCUAUGACAACCCUUAUGUGCUGGGGAUACGGGACACAGACAGUGCCCAGGCAUUUCAGAAGUGUUUAUCCAAAGCAAAGCGAAUCGUUAUUGUUGGAAAUGGAGGAAUUGCCUUGGAAUUAGUGUAUGAGGUAGAGGGCUGCGAGGUGAUUUGGGCUGUGAAGGACAAGGCCAUAGGAAACACCUUCUUUGAUGCAGGGGCGGCAGAGUUCCUCAUCCCAUCACUGGAGGCUGACAAAACAGAGAGUACUGCUUCCUGUAAAAGGCCUCGCUACACCACAGAGGAACCUGCACCUGGAGCCUCACAGACUGCAGAUAAAAAUUUGCAAGGGCAUGAUUCUGGUCCUACAGAAUUUGGCAGUGCCCUCGGUCCCGAUUGGCAUGAAGGAAUUGUUUUCCGAGGAGCAGAGCAGGUGUCCCGCAGAGUUACUAUGGAAUACCAAUGUGAGGUAGAAAAGCUCUUCACCUCUGAGGAGCUGCUUAAUUCCCCACAGCAAACACUCAAACCUGAGAAUGGGCAAUCCUGGCCAGUUUACAUCCAGCUGACCAAUGGCAAAACAUUUGGCUGUGAUUUUGUUGUGAGCGCCACUGGUGUGGUGCCAAACACGGAGCCAUUUCUCCAUGGCAACAACUUUGAACUUGCGGAUGACGGCGGGCUCCAAGUAGAUGACCACAUGAUGACAACAGAGCCAGAUGUCUAUGCGGCAGGAGACGUGUGCACUGCAUGCUGGGAACACAGCCCACUGUGGCAGCAGAUGCGUUUGUGGACGCAAGCCCGUCAGAUGGGCUGGUACGCGGGCCGCUGCAUGGCAGCAUACGUCCUGUCAGAACCAAUAGAACUGGACUUCUGCUUUGAGCUCUUCUCACAUAUUACCAAAUUCUUCAACUACAAGGUGGUGUUGCUGGGAAAGUUUAAUGGGCAGGGGCUGGGGCCCAACCAUGAGCUGCUGGUACGCUGCACUAAAGGGCAGGAGUAUGUCAAGGUUGUUCUCAGUGGGGGCAAGAUGGUGGGAGCAGUGCUGAUUGGGGAAACAGACCUGGAGGAGACCUUUGAGAACCUGAUCCUCAACCAGAUGGAUCUAACAAUGUAUGGAGAAGAGCUGCUCAACCCCAACAUUGAUAUAGAGGACUACUUUGAUUGAGCACCAGGUCUUUGAUUGGGACUUUUGAGAAUGUUGAGCACAGCAAACACAGACCCUUCAAAGUGGAAGAAACCAUACCUGAAGAAUGUCUAAGAGCAUGGGUUCUUUAUUGUCUGAAAUUCAAGCUAAUGGAGUGUUAUAAAGGAGCAUUUAUCUUUGUUUUAAUGCAUUUGUAAAUUAAAGGAUAUAAUAUUGCUUUAAAAUAAAUUAUUUUCAAAACCACAUACUAAAUUGGUAUUUU